AAAAUUCAACUACCCACAUGAACUAAUUAUCACUAAUUAGUAAUCAUCAGAAAAUCAGCAACAUCAUCAUCCUCAUUUCAGAAAAUCAUCAUUUCAGAAUAAGAAAACAUCAACAAAAUCAAUAUUAUUAACUCAGCAACUCAGAAUUAAAUCCAGUAACUCAACUAAAUCCAACUCCAAUUCAGAAUUAAACAAAGCCACUAAUCAUCACUAAUCAGUAAUAAUCGAAAAAUCAACAAGAAGCCAACAACAUAUCAGUAACAACAUCAUCAUUUUAGAAAAUCAUUCUAGAAUCAUAAAUCAACAAUCAACAGGACUAUUCCAGUUUCAUAAAAUAAGAGACUAUGUACUCAUUCACAAUUUUAGAAAUAAUGAAAAUUUUGAAGCCAAAUGUAAUCAUAUUUGUCUUAAAAUUUUCAUAAAAGCUUUCGAGUGAAGGAUUUGCAAAUAUGAAGAUUGGGACCUGCAUCAACACUCAGAUAGUCAGAGUGCUUACUGCUUCCCGGCAGCGAGGAGGAAGGGGAGUGACGGCGACGACAAAGGAGACGGCCACACCGGCGAACACAGAGAGAGAGAGCGCGCGCUUGAACAGGGGAGACGGUGACGGCCACAGAGCUUCCACGCGACGGCGAGGGAGCUUCCUACAACGGCGACACAGCUUCCUAGGACGGUGACGGAGCUUCCUACGACGGCGACACAGCUCCUGCGACGGCGACGGAGCUUCCACGGUGCGACACCGGCGAACAGAGAGAAAGCACGCUCGAGCAGAGGAGAUCCAGUGUCUGUGGGUUCCGCGGGGUUGUGGGGCUGCGGUGGUUGCGGUGGGUGCGCGGCUAGUCCGUUAGGGUUUCCAUCUGUUCUUUCAACUUUGAUUUUUUGAGAAAGAGAUGAGAGGAGAUGAGUGGGAGUGUUGGACUUUUGGUUUGGGGGGAGGGGGUCUGGGCUUCGGGUAGAUGAUUUAGGCUUUUUUUUUUUUAAGGCCAAAAACGGCGCUGUUUUGAAAGGGGUUUCAAAACCGAAAAACCGUAAAAAAACCGGGCGGUUCUUCCGGUUCACCGGUUAACCGCCGGUUCGACCGGUUUUUUGACCGGUUUUUUGUCAGACGGUUAUUAGCGUUACCCGGACCGGUUAGGUGACCGGUUCCCGGUUUUUCCGGUUGAACCGGCCGGUCCGGUCCGGUUUUCAGAACCAUGGCUCAACCAAAAUUUCUUGUCUAAUUUGUAUGACAAUCAAUAGGGACCAUGACUGUGAUAUAGAGGGAAAGGUGCUUAGAAUUUGUCAACACAAGAGUUUUUUAACAAAGACACUUGAAAAACCCAUCAUAAAUAUUAAGUGGCAACGUGAAGAAGAUAUACCAAGUUCCCUACAUAGGAUACCCGUUAGGGUCAAUGUCCUUUUUUGGAACAUGUUAGAAAACAAAAACUUGAUUCACAUAAUUGCCAUAUUAUUGACAUAUAUAUUCUUAGUAGGGUUCUUUUUUUUCAUGUUUGUGCUCCUUGGUAUACUAAGUUUUUUUCUGCCAUGGAACCUCAGAGUAUAGUAGUUAUCCAAGAUUCAACUAGAGAAGUGAAUUUGAGAAUUUUUGAAUGGGCUCUAAAUAGCUUCUUACUCGGGGCAAGAGAUAAGCUCACCUUAGCUAUAGUCUUGCAUGAAGUUAUCACUCCAAUGGGGUACAAAAGCAGGGUGGACAGUAAUAAUAUGAUUGGAGCAAAUCAAAGGGUGAUUGAAGAAGAAGUUAAUAACAAGAAGAAAAAGUAUUUAAAAGAUGAGGGACUUAUUAAGAUUUUCAACCUUUAUCAAUCAAGAAAGGUUGAGUUUAACAUAGAAGUAGCUAUAGGAACUUCACCUAGGGAUGUUGCUCUGAAAAUUUCCAAGAAGAUGAACGCAACAUGGUUGAUAUUAGACAGGAAGAUGAAAAAUGAUGGAGAUUAUUUCCUCAAUAAACUUUCUUGCGGUAUAUCAAGAAUAAGGCGUCACAAUAAGAUUAUGCAUUUAAGAGGACGACCUGCUCUCCAUCAAAAUAAUCAAGAUCACACCCAUGAUAGCAUACCAGUCAGCAUGCCAGACAGUGUACCAGAAAGUACACCAGAUGAACCAUUUUAUCGUCCAAAGAUCAAUCCUGACAAAGCAGAGUGCUCAAACCGAGGAGAAGAUAGUGAAGAGACAAGUUGUGCUCCACUGCACUUUGCUAGCAUAAUCACCAAGAAGCCAUUGGAAGGCAAAUUGAGAAGAGACGGUGACCUAAAAAUGAUAUCCACUCUUGGUGGUAGCAAAAGUACUAUGGAGGAUCAGGAGAGUUCAGAGUUCCUAUCAUAUUGUGGAGCUAAGAGCUUUUAUCAUGGAAGGGCUGAAGAAUAUCAAGUAUGCGAACAAGUUUUCCAUUUUUGUUAAUUAGCACUUUAGCACAGGUAUUGUCACAAUCUAUCCUCGGUAUCAUGUGGAUUUGGAGCAAAACUAUAUAUCAAAUGAUAUGAAAAGAUGUAAUUUAAAUCCGGCCAUUGUUUCAUUUCAACAUAAAAAGGAUAUGCAGUUGUAGAAAUGCUGCUUCAAUUAGUAAACAUAAAAUUAGAUUGUUUACUAAAUAUUUGUAUUUUUAUACAGAGAUUAGACAAAAAAAUUAUGCUUACAUUUCUGCCUACAUUGUUCUUAGUUUUUGGGUGAACAAAAAAUUGGAUAUAUCUUUGUCCCUAAACAUACAUUGUGCAUACUCUUAAUUUCCAAAUAAAUUUAUGUUUCUCAGUAUUUCUAUAUUUCAAUUUUCAAACAGUCACCAAAACUAGCCUUCUAAUCAAUUGACAACAGAAAAUCUCUUUGGUUUUGAAAAUUUCAAUCUUCUAAGUACCCGUUAAAAUAUUCUCACCAUAUGCCUCCUUAAUAACCACUCUCUUACACCAUUUUUCUCUUUUACAUAUCAACCCUCUUCCAUACGGUAUCCUUCGUGCACUAAGAAUAAGAAGUAUUGCAUUAUUUUAUUAUUUUCAUGGAAUCCACAUAAUGAAACCUUCCCUUUUUUCCCCUCUCUUUAGUUUGACUUUCUAAAUUAACUAGUUUGUUUAUAUGGAGGAUUUUUGCAAGGGAUAUAUUGAGCUGCAACUCAACUAGAAACUGAACCAAGAAUCUCAGGUUUGGCAGAAUAAUGAAAUAAUAUUUAACAAAGGUAAAAUAAUGAGAAUAUGAUGAAUAUGAUAAAAACAACAAAUUCUGUUCCCUAAAGAUGCUUUCAAGUGAAUAUGAAAACAUUAUUGGACAAACUGUAAUAUUAGAAGAGCAUUGACAGCGGAAUAAACUUUUUCCUUUAUCAAACAUAAAAGAUACACUGGUAUUAUGAAACAAGGUCAGAAUUCAU